AUGCCGCCGUGCGCCAGACUUCCAGUCACUAACUUCUCUUCUGCAUAUUCGGACGGAAAAAUGACUCCAAGAAUCGGGUUCCCGUUUUGCUGCUUAAGCCGGAGGCUACAGAUUCCGCGGCUGCUGCUGGUGUGUGUGACCUGCCACGCCGCUGCCAUCGGCGCCUUAUUGCCACCUGGCCUGGAAGGAAAUGCCCGCCUUUUGCAACUUCUCAGUAACAAGUCAAACCAGGAGCAGGGCUAUUGUGAAGCAGAAGCUAGACUAGCUUUGUCUCUCGACUUUUGGACUCUCUCCUCUGAAAACCUCAUAGCUGUGUUGCCAGUUGAUCCUGUUAAAGAAAAUUAUGUUCGUAAAGUGAAAAACUGUGUUUUUUCCAUUGCUUUCCCUACUCCUUUUAAAUCAAGAGUACAUCUUGUGGCAGUUUCCAAGGAAGUUCUAGAAGAUAUUUUGGACCUUGAUUUAUCCGUCUCAGAAACGGAUGAUUUUAUCCAGCUUGUAAGUGGCAAAAAGAUAGUAUUUGGAUCCAUUCCAUUGGCUCACAGAUAUGGUGGCCAUCAGUUUGGAAUAUGGGCAGAUCAGCUUGGGGAUGGAAGAGCCCAUCUUAUUGGAACUUACAUGAACAGGCUGGGUGAAAAGUGGGAACUUCAAUUAAAAGGCUCAGGAAAGACCCCAUACUCCCGAAAUGGUGAUGGCAGAGCUGUACUUCGUUCCUCAGUGAGAGAAUUUUUGUGUAGUGAGGCUAUGUACUACCUUGGAAUCCCAACCAGCAGAGCUGCAAGUCUAGUUGUAAGUGAUGAUGAAGUAUGGAGAGAUCAGUUCUACAAUGGGAACAUUGUGAAAGAACGAGGUGCAGUAGUGCUUCGCGUUGCAAAAUCAUGGUUUAGAAUUGGAUCAUUAGAAAUUUUGACUCAUUAUGGUGAACUGGAUUUACUAAGGACAUUAUUAGAUUUCAUCAUACAGGAACAUUUCCCCUCAGUAGAUAUCAAAGAACCUAAUAGAUAUGUGGAAUUUUUUUCCAUUGUGGUAUCUGAGACGGCACAACUGAUUGCUCUGUGGAUGUCUAUUGGUUUUGCUCAUGGUGUUUGCAAUACUGAUAACUUCAGUUUGUUAUCCAUUACAAUUGACUAUGGUCCAUUUGGUUUUAUGGAAGCCUAUAAUCCAGAUUUUGUGCCAAACACAUCUGAUGAUGAAAGAAGAUAUAAAAUAGGAAAUCAGGCCAAUAUUGGGAUGUUUAAUUUGAAUAAGUUGUUACAAGCUCUAAACCCAUUACUGGAUCCAGGGCAAAAGCAGCUUGCCGCUCAGAUUCUUGAGGGUUAUCCUGUUCUCUAUUACACAAGAUUUAGAGAAUUGUUCAAAGCCAAAUUGGGACUACUUGGAGAAAGGAAGGGUGAUGAUGAUUUAAUUGCAUUUCUCUUACAUCUCAUGGAAAACACAGAAGCUGAUUUUACAAUGACAUUUCGGCAGCUCAGUGAGAUUACUCAAAGCCAGUUACAGGAGCUCAACAUUCCUCAGCAAUUUUGGGCACUGAAGAUGAUUUCAAAACAUGAACUCUUUCCUGCCUGGGUGUCCCAGUACCUUUUGAGACUGAACAGUAACAUGAAUAAUUCAGAUUUUGAAAGAAGAAAAAGAAUGAUGACUAUUAAUCCUAGAUACGUGCUGAAGAACUGGAUGGCAGAGUCUGCAGUGCAGAAAGCAGAAAGGAAUGAUUUUUCAGAGGCCCUGCCUACCACACAGGUCUUCAUCACUCUAUUGUUUGUGUCCAUGAGCUAUGCAUAUAAGUAUGUCUAUCUUCUGCAGCAAGUUCUUCAGCAUCCUUUUCAGAAGCAUUCUGCAGCUGAGAAAGCAGGCUACUCCUCACCUACUCCUGCUUGGGCUAGAGAUCUCAGAGUUAGCUGCUCAUCUUGAUUUGGAAAAAAGAAAUUAAAGAAUACUUCUGUCAUUGAACUUAACAUAGAAUAAUUAAUUUGAUAAAUUCUUAUCUACAUUUUGAUGAAAAUCCUGAAGUUCAUAAUGAUUAUAUAUAAAAAUAUUCUUAACUAGAUAAACUGGACCUAUUUUUUGUAACAUCUCUGUGAUCAUUCCCACCCCCCACCCCCCAAAGCUGCUUUAUUAUAUACUUGAGUUACAGGAAGUUACAUCACAUCUGGGAGGGCCUUUGACAUCAAGAGAUCCAUCCCCUUAACACUGGGUGGGAGAGUCAAACUGGGUGGUGUCCAGUCUUUGUCUGGUCCCGCCUCCAGGGCGGGGCUUUUACCCUCACAGGGAAUCCAGCCGAUGUAAAUUAAGCCAAGUGUAUUCUACCGGCCCUUAACACCUCCCCCUUUUUAAACAUAUUUUUGCAGCUAAAAUCAAAAGCAAAACCUUACAUCAAGAACAAGGCUUUGACUAAAAACUAAUAACAAAUUGAUAUCAAUGCAAACACAAUAAUAAUAGAGAAAUCAAACUACAGCUACGUCAAUAUUCUUGCUACUGAU